UCCUGAAGUAUCAAAAGGCUAUAGUUCGUCACAGCGUCAACGUUUCCCUCGUGUAUGGCACUCAAAAUAACUGUUCAUCAUGGAUCACACUUUCAUUUGAAAAAGAGAUAAAGUUGAUAUUGACAAAUAUGGAGGAGGCUGCAGAUGUGAAAGCGCUUAGGGCCAGGUUUCACGCCAAGGCUGAGAUCAGUGACAGCAGUAGAGACAGUGGCUCUCCAAAAUCUCCUCUUCCAGCGUUUGGGAUCGGCGGUCUUUUGGCCGUUACUGCAAACGGGGUGGCCAGAAAAAAAAUUCCGGCUAUGGUUCCUUCACCUCCUCCUGGACGAGACUCCUCCCCAGUUGUCCCAAGGUUCCCCAGGCACAUGAGGAAUGACGCAGGGAGCGGUUCCUCCCCGAGGCCCCAGCUGCCUCAGGGAGUCUUCCCUCGCCUCCACGCCUCCACGCCUCCACCACCUCAUGGCGCAAGGACCAAGGCACUUCCACCGCCUUUUCCGCCUUCUGAAGUCGCAGAGACGGCAAGCAAGGUAAAGCUCACUGGAGCGAUGCUGCAGAACAAGAUGCUGAAGCACCAGGGGCCGUCGCCAGCCAAGCCAGGCCCCAGCGGCCCCCCACUGCUGCCCAGCCAGAAGAUCCGGUCGGAGGUGGUCCCCCUUAGGAGGCCCUUGCCUCCAGAGAGACUCAGGCCCAUGAAACCCAAGCGCCCCCCCCAUGUCAACCUGGAUCAACACCAGGGAAAUAAAAGGGUUCCACCUACCCCACCAGAACACACAGGGAUGCGGAGGACUGAUGGUUCUUCCUCCUCAGGCAGCAGUAGCUUAUCCCUGUCUGGAUUGGUCAGUCCUACUGGGCCUCCCAGACCCCCCAACAAACCCAGCAGCCUGCCACGCCACCACACCCCUGUAUUUGAGGAAGUAGACGUUGAAGAAACAUAUGAUGACAUUGACCUGCCACCUCCACCUCCACCUCAUAUGAGAAGCUUUGAUAAGAGUGAAUCUUGGAAAGACAGUGGUUCUUCACAAUUUGAGGUGGAAAGUGAUGAAAGUGAGGUCUAUGACACUAUCGAUGAGGAGCAGGGUGCAAAAUCCAGCAGUUCAAACAGGAAGACUGAAAGAGAGAUGAAGCGACUUAAAGAACAGGAAUUGAAAAAUCAGGAAAAAAUACAUAAAAAGGAAAAGGAAUACAAAAAGAAAUUCAAGCUGUCAGAUGAAGAGAUGGUUAUUCACACUGCCACGGUCCGACAUGACUGGCAAGGUGACAAACAUGAUCUAAGUGUCCAACAAGGAGAGAUCAUUGAGAUCAUAAGGAUCGAGAAUAACCCUGUUGGCAUGUGGUUAGGCCGCACAAUGACUGGCAACUAUGGCUACAUUAGUAUAUCAUGUGUGGAUUUGAACUAUGAGGAAAUCAAACGUAAAUACCGCGAUUCCCGACAACUUAACCCUUUCCCGCUGCCUCCACCACCACCUGACCCUCCGCAGGAUGGUGAUAUCUAUUAUGACGUGGACUCCUCAGAUCAUAGGAACAGUAUGAACGAGACUGAUGAGGACUAUGAUGACGUCGAACAACUGUUCAAGGAGUGUCCACCUCCCGCUCUUGAAAUAAGCCUUGAUCCCAAAUCGGAGAAGGAGUUGAGGACCAAGUUUAAGCUUAAUGGACCUAUAAAGGUGCUGCACACCAUGAUGGUUGAUUCGAAUGCCAACAUUAAGAAGCCUGGAGGGAAGGAUUUAGCUGUGGUUCAGGGAGACAUCCUGGAAGUUAUUCAGAUCACUAACAAGAAGAAAGCCCUCUGUCGAAACAGUCGUGGGAAAUAUGGAUAUGUGCCUAGAGCUCAUCUUCUUCAGAUGGAAGGGGAUGUAUAUGACGAUGUUGACAACAUUAAUGAUAUAUAUGACAACGACCAUGUGCGCUAAUGCUGGCUUCCCUGGAGAUGCACCCACCUACACAAAGACACACACACACGUACACACAACCACACACAUGCACAUAUACACACAACCAUGCACGCACUCAUGCACACAUUAUCCUGCUAUUUGUUUUAUAUCCUGCUAUUGUUAGUAAACCGAUCUAACAAAAGCCAAAAUAAACUAUUUUGUUUGCUUCAAUUGCCUUGUAUAUUGACGAUACACUAUAUACUUUGUUCAUUUAUUGGUGUCUUAGAUAAUUUAAGAAAUAAACAUUUUCCCCAGAU